UAAAUUCAAUACUUGACAGGAAAAACAUCACGGGAUUCUGAUUCCACGAAGCAGAUAAAUAAAAUAUAACCUGUAACCUAUCUGUACACACGUGUAAUUUAAGACAACAUGUCUAGGCAGUCGAACAGAACGACAGACAGCAAGAAGAUGAAUUCAGAAUUAUUUACUCUGACCUAUGGUGCCCUGGUCACUCAGUUGUGUAAGGACUAUGAAAAUGAUGAGGAGGUGAACAAACAACUGGAUAAAAUGGGAUACAAUAUCGGAGUGCGUCUGAUUGAGGACUUCUUGGCUCGGUCAAGCGUGGGGAGGUGUCACGAUUUCCGAGAAACUGCAGAUGUUAUCGCGAAGGUAGCCUUUAAGAUGUACUUGGGUGUCACCCCCAGCGUGACCAACUGGAGUCCUGCUGGUGAUGAGUUUUCUCUUAUCCUUGAAAGCAACCCCCUGGUGGAUUUUGUGGAGCUUCCUGAUAACCACAGUAACCUGGUGUACUCCAGCCUUCUCUGCGGAGUGCUGAAAGGAGCUCUUGAAAUGGUUCAAAUGGCUGUGGAUGUGCGAUUUGCUCAGGAUACGUUGAGAGGUGACAACGUGACUGAAAUUCGAAUGAAGUUCAUCAAAAGGAUUGAGGAGAACGUGCCGGCUGGGGAUGAAUGAAGUGGUUUGCCUGAGAGACACGAGCAUCUUUGACCUGAGAGACUUACAGAUUUAUCAAUUAGAGUGGAUACCACCAACCUUCCAUGCAUUGAAUCGUAUUUAAACCCACCUUUCUUACAAUACAGUUAACAGACUGUAAUGAAAACCUUCACCAUUAUGAAGGUUCUCUUUGUUGCUGCUGUUAGUUUUCCACUCAGAUGUUUCGCCCCCGUCACCAAGAAUAGUAUGGUCCUUCCACCACCUGGUCCAUGUUUUACCUUUCACUAUAUGUCUCAAAUGUGUUUCUCUUUUGUAUGACAGUUUGUUUUCUUGUGUUUAUCUUUUUUUUUGGUCAGAAAUCCAACGUUCCACAAGGUUUAAUUUAUUUAGCUGUGUAUUAUAAUCGGAUCGAAUAAAUCAUUAACUACGA